ACACCCACGUGGGCAUAGUCAUCUCGGAGGGAAAUUUGACAACAUGAGUGGGAGAGGGAAAGGUGCUCCCAGUAAGAAAGGGGCGAAACAAACCCGAUCUGCGAGGGCCGGUCUACAGUUCCCCGUUGGCAGAAUACAGAGGUUUCUGCGUAAAGGUCACUACGCUGAGCGUGUUGGCUCGGGUGCCCCUGUCUACUUGGCUGCUGUCCUCGAAUAUUUGGUGGCCGAGAUUCUGGAGUUGGCAGGGAAUGCGGCCAGGGACAACAAGAAGUCUCGUAUAGUACCUAGACACGUGCAACUGGCCGUAAGAAAUGAUGACGAAUUGAACAAACUUUUGUCCGGAGUAACCAUCUCACAGGGCGGAGUGCUGCCUAAUAUUCAACAAGCCCUGUUACCAAAGAAAUCCAGCAAAGGAAAGGGAGGACCCGGAAGCCAGAGUCAAGAAUACUGAACAGAACUGCACAACUUUAAUCCACUCUCAGGGAUGAGACAUUACAGAAAAAAGGACACGAAUUAGUUAUUCAUGUACGGAUUUAUUCAAUUCAGGUUUUUUUGAUUGAUCAUCUUUCUAGUGCGUAUUUUGUAUUUCGUUUCAACAAUUUAGAAUAUAUUUUGUAAAAAGA